AUGCGUGGUAUCUUCCUGACCCUGGGCGCCCUUGCUCUGGCCACUGUUGAGGCCAACAAGUACCCCAACUGCGAGAACGACAACUGCUACCGCAACCUCAUCGACACUCGCUUCAAGUCUGAGGCUGAUCAGCUCUGCCCUCAGUGGCUCGCCGGCACCACCACCGCCGCCGCCGCCGUUCCUACGGCGUUCAGCAACUGCGAUGCCACGGCGCUGUCGUCUGCUUGCUCCUGCAUCACCUACUGGAACACCCACGUCAGCAGCACCGCCGUUCCCACGCCCAGCUCCUCCUCUCCCGUUCUCUCCAGCACGGAGGCUUCCACCACCAACUACCCCGUUCCUUCCAGCCCGGCCUCGUCUCACUCCAGCGUGCCUUCGUCGAGCCAGCCUCCCGUCAGCUCCUCCGUCACCUCUGACGCCCCCGUCCCUUCGAGCACCGAGACUGAUCAAUGCGAUGAGUCCACCGAGGUGGAAUCCUCGCAACCUGCGACCUCUCACCCUGCGUCCUCGCAGCCAGUAUCCUCGCAGCCCGCGUCCUCGCAGCCUGCUUCCUCUCACCCUGUGUCCAGCAUGCCUGCUGUGUCUACAGUGACGUCUGAGGCCCCCGUCCCCUCGAGCACCGAGACUGACGAGUGUGACGAAUCUACCGAGGUGGAAUCCUCGCAACCUGCGACCUCUCACCCUGCGUCCUCGCAGCCUGCCUCCACUCACCCUGCGUCCUCGCACCCUGCCUCUUCGCAGCCCGCUUCCUCGCACCCUGCCUCUUCGCAGCCCGCCUCCUCGCAGCCCGCUUCUUCGCAGCCUGCCUCCUCUCACCCUGCCUCUUCGCAACCCGUGUCCUCUCGCCCCGUGUCCAGCAAGCCUGUCCAGUCGACCAUCACCUCCCAGGCCCCUGCUCCUUCCACCACUGAGAGCCACCCUGCCCCUUCGAGCUCUGGCAAGGCGUCUAACACCACCAUGGUCUACCACGUUCCCACCACUUCAAAGGACCAGACCACGACCGUCCACACGACCGACUUCACCACCUCGACCAUUUACACCACCAAGGUCCGCACCAUCACCUCGUGCGCCCCUGACGUCACCAACUGCCCCAACGGCCCUCACGUCACCACUGAGACCUACGCCGUUACCACCACCGUCUGCCCCGUCACCGAGACUGAGAAGACCGAGACUGAGAAGACCGAGACUGAGAAGACCGAGACUGAGACGACUGUCGAGACCCCUCUCCCCACUCAGCCUCCUCACGGCUACACCACCUCGACCGUCUACACAACUCAGGUCCGCACCAUCACCUCGUGCGCUCCUGACGUUCCCAACUGCCCCAACGGCCCUCACGUCACUACCGAGACCAUUGCCGUCUCGACCACCAUCUGCCCCGUCACUGAGGAGGUCCCUGUCCACACUCCCACCGCUGUCUACCCUGUUCCUCAGCCUUCUCACCCUGCUCCUGAGCUCCCCGAGCAGCCUGAGCAGCCCAAUCACCCCGUCUACCCUGCUCCUGAGCCUUCUCACCCUGCUCCUGAGCAGCCCGGGCACCCUGCUCCUGAGCCUUCUCACCCCGCUCCUGAGCAGCCCGGGCACCCUGGUCCUGAGCCUUCUCACCCCGCUCCUGAGCAGCCCGGGCACCCUGCUCCUGGUCCCUCCAACCCUGCAAUCGUUCCCGUGCCUGUUCCCUCUCACCCUGCUCCCGAGCACCCCGCUCCCAAGCAGCCUGAGCACCCCGCUGCCGCUCCUCCUCACCCUGCCCCCGAGAAGCCCGAGCAGCCUGCUCCUGCCCCUACCACGAAGGCCCCGGCCGUCACCCCUGUCACCACCCUCCACACCGCCGUUCCCACCACCUCCAGCCCUGUUGAGGUUGGUGAGAACGCCGCCGGCCGUCUCGGCUCUGGUAUCGAGGUCCUCGCUGCCGCAGCUGCGGUCAUGUUCGCCCUCCUGUAA